UAGAGGUCUGAAUUGGAGAUGGAGCAGCCAGGACUUGAACCAGCAUUUUUGGAAGCAGCCCAACCCACUGCAACAUAGAGCUGGCCCCAGAACGUGUACUCUUGUGCUGGGAUAUGAAGUAGCCCAUUCCAUGUCUUUGGAUUCUGGAUAUUAAAAAACUCAUGUAUUUUAAAAAAACUUGGGCUGAAAUAGCCAAGGCUGUGUGCAUGACUGGUGAAGGGUGAGGAGAUUAUCAACUGAAGUGUUGGCUUCUUGAACUGAGAUGGCCUAGUCUAGAGUCUUGGGAUCUUGCUAAUGAAAGAUCUUCAAAGUCCUUCCUUUGCUGUGUAGAGGGAGUCUGCUUACCACACUUCCUCCCUCUGGACAAUAGGAACAAGGAAGUUCCCAAACUCUGACUUUUUUCACAUAACCCAGGAAUUGGGCAGUGAGUGUACAGGCUGUGUCCUGGGCUGAGAGAGCCUGGCCACAGCCGUAAGCAGAUGAAGGUAAUACAGGGGUGCAGCCCUGGUCCAUUUCCUUCAUCCCAGUAGAUGCAGGUGGGCCAAGGCCUCCCCAGGAAUGAUGAGAAAUAAAGUCCUGGGAAUGAGCCCACAGGCACCAAGAAGGCCCAUUUCUACCGGCAGGUUUUCAAUGCCCCCAAGCCAAAGUGGACCCAGCUCUCCGGGAGGAAGCUACAGAACUGGGGUGGGCUCCCCCACCCCCGGGGGAUGGUCCCUGAGCGGCUGCCCCCAUGGCUCCAGCGCUACGUGGAUAAGGUGUCAGACCUCAGCCUUUUUGGGGGUCUCCCGGCGAACCAUGUCCUCGUGAACCAGUAUCUGCCUGGGGAGGGCAUUAUGCCCCAUGAGGAUGGACCACUCUACUACCCGACCGUCAGCACCAUCAGUCUGGGCUCCCACACCGUGCUGGAAUUCUAUGAGCCACGGCACCCGGAGGAUGAUGCCCCUACAGAACAGCCCCGGCCCCUACCCAGGCCCAUUGCUUCACUGCUGUUGGAACCACGCAGCCUGCUGGUGCUCCGUGGCAGAGCUUACACACGUCUCCUCCACGGCAUUGCGGCCACCCGCGUGGAUGUGCUUGAGGCCACCUCGCUGCCAUGUAAUGCUGCCGCCUGCCCGUCAGCACUGCCUGGAGCCCGCCUGGACCGUAGCACCCGUGUCUCAUUGACCAUCCGUCGUGUCCCCCGCGUGCUGCGUACCAGCCUCCUGCUCAGCAAGUGACUGUCACACUCCAGGACCUACUGAGAUUCAUGGGUUCUGUUCCCUGUGGUCUGGCUGUACCCCUGGGACCUUGGAAGUCUGGGACAGAGGUGGAUCCCUACUGGGUUAUUUUUUCAAUAACUUUUGGGGGAGCUACAGAAGAUUUCAUUCCCAAUAAACCAAGCGUACCUUU